GUGGGGGCGGGUAAGGGCGGGGAGGCUGGGGUGUGGAAAGUGUGGCGGCCCCGCCCCGUCUCUUGGAACUGCCGCGGCCGCCACCGCCGCCGCCGGCGCCGCUGCUGUAGGGGACCAGCGCGGGUGCGCAGACGAAAGGCGCUCUUUGCCAGCUGAAAGUUCCCACGGAAAAACUACCAUCUCCCCAGCCCACCAUGGCAGACGAAAUUGAUUUCACUACUGGAGAUGCCGGGGCUUCCAGCACUUACCCUAUGCAGUGCUCGGCCUUGCGCAAAAACGGCUUCGUGGUGCUCAAAGGACGACCAUGCAAAAUAGUGGAGAUGUCAACUUCUAAAACUGGAAAGCAUGGUCAUGCCAAGGUUCACCUUGUUGGAAUUGAUAUUUUCACGGGCAAAAAAUAUGAAGAUAUUUGUCCUUCUACUCACAACAUGGAUGUUCCAAAUAUUAAGAGAAAUGAUUAUCAACUGAUAUGCAUUCAAGAUGGUUACCUUUCCCUGCUGACAGAAACUGGUGAAGUUCGUGAGGAUCUUAAACUGCCAGAAGGUGAACUAGGCAAAGAAAUAGAAGGAAAAUACAAUGCAGGUGAAGAUGUACAGGUGUCUGUCAUGUGUGCAAUGAGUGAAGAAUAUGCUGUAGCCAUAAAACCCUGCAAAUAAAUGGAAACAUCAGGCAUGAACACUGUUUAGGUCUGAAUCAACUGCAGAUCUAAUUUGGCUCUAAGUUGUCACCAAAGCUAUAGCCUUCAUAAGCAACCUCAUUUCUUUUUUUAAUUGUUUUCAGAUUGUGCUGGGUUAGUUUUGCAAGCAAUUGAUAAUUUUUAAAAAAUUAUCAAUAUGUAUAAUUUUUUUUUGAAUUUUGUAGGUAUGUUUCCUAUAAUAUUCCUGUGGUUUUCAGUAUGUCAGUCCAAGAAACAAACAAGAUAGCUUCAGCAGAUGUGAUUUGUCUGAGCAAAUCAUUCCUGUGUUUUAGUUAAAUGAUAAACCAGGGUUUUAAAUCAAACAAUGUAGCAUAAAGUGGUAUUGAAGUACCACAUUUAAGUUGAACUGCUCUGCAUUAAUUACAGAUUUAAUAUAAAAUGAACUGAUUAUAUAUUGGAAUUGUUGCAGUUUCAGCCUGUGUAGGGCAAACACAAAUCCUUAAACAAAAAUCAUGUUAUCAAAAAGUGUCAGUUAUUUUGGUGGCCACAUGCAACCACGUGAUUACUUUGGUCAUACUAUUUACCAAAUUAUUGGCAAACUUGAUGUAACCUUAUAUGGUGGUUUUAGUCCCUUCUUAUGGUUGGCAGAAGGGCACUGAACUGUUGGGUGAAAGUUAGCAAAUAAGAUUAUAAGGAACACACAAAAGACAGUGGCAAAGAGCGUUGAUUAAAUCUAUGCGUUUUUAUAUGAGGACUUUGUAAGUCAGCAUAAAAAUUAAAAGUUGUUUCUCAGUUGUUUUUGCUUUUAACUUUGCCCUCAACAUUUAAAGGGAGUGGUCUGAUUUAUAGGAUACUAUGCAAUGCUUGUUUUCCAACCAUGUUGAAAAAAAUAUUAAUAUUUAUCAGUAAAUACUCCUUUCCAACUUUUUCUUUUUUUUUUCUUUUCUUUUUUUUUUUGAGACUGAGUCUCACUCCAUCAGCCAGGCUGGAGUGCAGUGGUGCAAUCUCGGCUCACUGCAACCUCUGCCUCCUGCAUUCAAGGAAUUCUCCUGCCUCAGCCUCCCAAGUAGCUGGGACUACAGGUGCACGCCACCAUGCCCAGCUAAUUUUUUUUGUAUUUUUUAGUAGAGAUGGGGUUUCAUCAUGUUGUCUAGGCUGGUCUUGAACUCCUGAUCUCAGGUGAUCCACCUGCCUCAGCCUCCCAAAGUGCUAGGAUUACAGGCAUGAAUCACCACACCCGGCCCCUUUCCAACCAUUUUUAAGUAGAUUUUUUGACGUUAAUGUAUUUAUUAAACAAAAACUGAGAAUUCCUUAAAUUGAUUUGGAAUUUUUGUUAAUUUUAUGUCCUUUUUUUCCUAAAGUGAAUUGAAUCAUGGAAGCAGCAUGACUUCAUAUGAAUAUUAUUAUUUAAGUUAUUUUAAGUAUAUGCAGUUUUUCUGAUUGUUGUGUGACUUAACUCAGUUGCUGGUGUGAAAUAUAACUAGCAAAUAAUUCUAUAAACUGAAUUAUUUUAAAAGGUAUUUCAGGUAACACCACUGCAUUUCUAUUUAAUCUUUUGAGUCAUAUGUAUAUUAUUUCCAGAAUUUUAGACAUUAUUACAGGGUUUGUGAGGACCUUUGACUCAAUAACAAUCAUCAUAUUGGAGCAAAACACAGAACAAAAUCACUAUCUCAGAAAUACCUUAAUUCUCUAUGACUGGCUCUUAGACCUCUCCCAUCAUGCCUUGACCUCUAAAAAGCCCUUUGUUCCUAUCUUCUAAAGGAAAGUAUAUCAUAUAUGAUGAUGUAACUGAUCUAAUCAGCGACUGGGAAUAGCAUUAGUAACAGAAGAUCCCAAGUUUUAGUUGCUUAAUUUGUACACACUUUUAAAUAUUGUCUUAGCCUCAGCAAACCCAUUUGGGGAAGAAGCAAGAUACUUUAAGAGAAAUACAAAGGAAAUUUCUAAAGCACAAGAAAUAGUGAGGUAGUAGUUAGUCGUUUUUCCUAUAACAUUUUAGCUUUUGCCCAUCUAAAGCACAAUUAAAAUUAGGCGACAUUCUUUCCAGUAUUCUAUUUAAGUACCUACUACAUACUGCUCUAGUUUCUUAGUACUCUGUAAUGUGUAUCUUAAUUGCUACUGGUUGGCAUUGUAACUCAUAGGAAUUCCAGAAAAUUAUUAACCUGUGCUGCUUGCAGGUCAUUCAUAUGGCCCCUCUUAACCAUGCUGGUGUUAUGAUUUAGUAUUAACUCUCAAUUAGCAUGCCCCUGUUCUUCCUAACUUGUAAAAUUUCACAUAAAUAUAUUUUCAAUUGUGUACAAAUUAAGGGUGUACAAAUUAUAAUAAUGCAUCUCUAUCUUCAUACUUUGGCAAAUGCUAUUUAUGCAUAAAUAUUUUCAUUUUAAGUAAUAUUUGUAAAUACUCAAUAUGUAAGUAUAGAUUUUAAAGAUAUGGGACUUUAUUUUCACAUAAGUCAAUAGAUGUCUCUCUAGAACAAAAUAUUUAGUAAAGCUUUAUAAAUUAUAUUAAAAGGAAGCAGGGAACAUGUAUUUUUUAACAUAGAACAGAAGUGACUUCAUUCUUUUUAGACAUCAGAAAUGUUAAAGUUGAUUCCCAAUAUUUGUUGUACUUUUUUGUAGCAAAUGUUAAAAAUCACAAGUUACCAUGUAUAGAAUGUGGACUGUCAUGUUGAUAGAUUGUACAGUGAUAAGCCAUUUUUAUCUGUAUACAUUUCACCAAUUUAUUAACAGGUUGAAUAUUUGUUUCUUUUUAGAACAUUUUAUUUAUACUGUGAAGACUUUGUUAUACCUUAUUUGCUACAACAUAGAUCAUAUCAUUGCUACUUUGACUUGGCAUUUGCAUCAUAAACAUAAUUAUGAUGUUUUUCUCAUGCUACCUUCCAGGGGCUCAGUCACUUGAAGAAACUGUUGCUAACCGAGCUCUUGACUCUGUUUCCCUUAAUGAUACAAGUCUCUGUACCAGCGCUUUAUGUUAAUUACCAAAACUCUCCUGCAGUCAGAGCAUGAUAUCUAUAAUAGGAGACACUGCAAUAAAAUGAUUGGGCUGUAAAA